UGGAAAUAGAGGGGGAGUUUUGUUUAAAAUUUAAUGCAAAUUAAAAUUAUAAUUAAAUUGGCUACAUUCCACAGGAGUGCGCAGUAAGCUGGCCACAGUAUUAAACAAAGCAUGUCCAGCAAUCCAUUUGAAAGCGAGGAGGAGCCCAGCACUGCCAGCGAUGAGAUACUCGAGGGUUUCCUCUGUCCCAUUUGUCGGGCCGACUUAAAAUCAAUAGAUUUCCUCACCGAGCACUUUGCACGCCAGCACGCAGAGGAGGAAGACGCCCUUAAGUCCGUGUUCAAAGACAUCUUUACCAAAGCCAAGAAGAAGAUACUAAACAAUUUUGAGGAUGACCGCGAGCGUGCUGUAGCAGGCGCACCAGCAGCUAGUUCUAAUGCCGGAGCUGGAGCAGCAGCUGGCUCAAAAGCGAGCAAUGCGCGAACGCGUUUCAAUGUCUACAACUUUAUGAGUCGGCAGACUGUAGGCGCUGAGCGUAGCUACCUGGAGUAUUUUCAAACUGUGCGUAAUCCACGCCUGGAGCGUUAUGCCAGUGAGACAAACAAGCUCAUAAUACGACUGCAUCGUUUGCUGAAGGAUUUACCCAUGGAUGCAGUGCAGCGUAAGCAGCAUGAACAACAGACCGUGCCUUGGCUAGACGGCAGCUCCGUCAAGCUGUGUCCCAACUGCGCCAAAAGCUUUCACAUAGCGCGACGUCAGCAUCAUUGUCGUCUCUGUGGUGGGAUUAUGUGCCACGACUGCUCACGCUUUCUGCCGCUUGAGAAUGCCAUGCAAUUGGCCAGCUUAUCGGCCAGUCGCAGUGAGCCACUUCAUCAGCUGCAGCAGCAUGAAGAUCGCGCCAUACGCCUUUGCCAGCAUUGUCUUUGGUUACUAGACACGCGUCAGGACAUGCAAGAAAGCCGCACUUGUCGCCCGCUGCUGGCUCAAGUCUAUGAACAGAUUAGGCAGCUACAACAAGAUGUUACGCCCGAUCUGGAGAUGUACCAGAAGAUAGUCAACAGCUUGCACGAGGGCGAGACCAUAUUUACUCUUGCCGAUGCGGGCGCGUUGCGUGGCAAGAUUGGUCAGGUGGCGGAGCAGAUUGACUUGCGUAGUAAACGAAUAUUGACGAUACACUCGGAGCCGGGCAGCCGCGAGGAAGCGCUAAAGAAGGCCAUACGCCUAAGCUGUGUGCAAGCCAUUAAGGAGCGCAUGUUGUCGCUGCCCCCUCUGCCGGAUGAGGCGCUUAUACGGCAAAUACAAGAACGCAAACGCAUGGAAACCGAACAGCGAAUUCUAACCGAGCAACGCAUGGCCAUGGAGGCAUAUGAGCGUGCUGGACAUACAGUUGGACCUAGCACCAAUGCGGAUCAGAGCAGCGGCAGCUUUGCCCAAGGCUCCGACUUGCAAUCCUUGAACAAUUGGUCAGCACCGCAGGCAGCCAACACAAAGUUCAGCGUGGAUGAUCCGCUCAUUGAGCAAAUCAACAUUAUUAAGGGCUAUAUUAAGCAGGCGCGCCAGGACAUGAACUUCGACGUCGUUGAAACGCUGGAGCUCAACUUGCGUGAGCUACAACGUGAGGUGUACGAGCGACAGCGCAAUUCGCAAACUUGAACAGAAUUAAUAUUUAAUUUUUAAUUACAUUUACUGCUUCAAUAUUAAAUGUGAUUGUGCUUGUA